UUGGAAGCUUGAGUUGCUAUCUGGGCGUGUACCAUCUUUAGAAUCGGACGACUUUUUGGAACUCAAAAUUGUAUCGUUCAACUCAUCAUCAUAAUCAAAGCCCAGCCCCAACAAGCAUAAAGAUGAUGAAAGACUCGGCGAAUUCAGUUCACUUUUCAGUGGGCCUUGUAUAGCUGAAAAGCUCAGGAACACGUGGCUCCAGAUAGCAGUGGGGAGAUGCUCAGUUGGUUAGUUUUUUUCUUUUUUUCUGGGUAGAACGUUCGGGUUCGAGUCUAGACUCGAUAUAGAUGUGUUUGGUGGUAAAAGUGUGUUAAGUGUGAGGUUAUAUCUUGUUUGGAUACGUUUCGUGAGGUUAUAUUUUGUUUAGAGGUGUGAUGUGACGUCCCAACCGAUGCUGAGCUGAGAGUAAAAAGAAGCACAACGGAAUUAAAGCAAAUCAAAUCAAAUCACGGGGGGAGGGAGGGAUGGAUGGAGAUCUCUUACUUCGGACUGUAAAGUUACCAAGAACAGUGAUUUGUAAGGAGAUAAAUAGUACGGAACAGUGAUUUAUUGUAGCAAAUCUACUGGAGGAGCGAUGGUACGGCACUCCACUCCACUCCACUCCUCUUUUCUGUGUGUGUGUGUCGGCUCCCCAAGCAAACAUCUCUCCUCGCCGCCGGGGACCACCAACGAACGCGCCGACCUCGGAUCUGACUGACCCUUGCCGGACUCCCAACGAACGCCACUGAACGAACCCAAGCUCGAUCGCGCCACCACUCAACGGUCUCCAAGCUUCUCCGCCCGAGGGUCCCAUGCAACCGAGGUCCCGCAUUCACGGUCGCGACCCACCGCCCCCGCCCUCGGGGGGAGGACGCUACCGCCGUCGGUCGCCGCCUCCGCACUCGCCGCGCCACCACCGCCGCCCGCGCGACCCGCAGAGGCGCACCCCCGAGCGGCCCCCACCGACGCCGCGCCGCUACGAGGACAAUCCCCUCCCCGACCCCCGUUCGCGAGCUCACAUCCUACUCGAGGCCGGCCGCCUCGCCGCGCACUACUUGGUCGCCCAAGGCGUCCUCCCCGAGCACCUUCUCCAGGCCAGGGAGAGCCCAAAUCACAACACCGGCUCCUGCCCCGAGCCACCCUCUCCCGCCGGCUACGAAAGGAAGCGAGACGACGACGACGACCCGAGGUGGCGGCGGACUGGAGGCGGCGCUGGGGACUGGGGCCACGGCAAGGGGGAUGAUGACAGGCAAGCCCGGAGGUCGGGGUGGGACAGGAGGAACCACAGCUUUGACGGCAGGCGUAAGUACAACGACGCCGGCGGCGGCGGUGAUGUGCACCGGGGUGCCCGCCGGACUCGCGACUACGAUGAGCCCAAGAGACCGCCAAUGUCGAGGUCCUAUUCACAUAACGAUCGCCGGGCUUCCAGUGAUAGCAGAUUGGAUCGAAGGAGGCCAAGUCGGAGCAGGAGCAGAAGUAGAAGCAGGACCAGGACCGGGAGCUACUACGGUGGCAGCAGGAGGGAUUCAGAUCGUGAUUUGGAUCACACCAAGGUGCCACUCUCUGCCAUUAUUCCUGCCGCUGGUGAUGAUGGUGACGUGCACUACGGUGAUGUUGAUGAAAUGCCAAGGCAGCCGAGGGUACCUAGUUCGGUGGUGGUUUCAGAGGUGAAUGGCAGUGCCGGUCAAUCUAUGGCUAUCGAAGAUGGGGAGAUGGAGAACGAGAUCGUUGGAGUGGAUCACGCUCAAGACAUUUCUGAAGAAGAGGAUGCUGAGUUUGCACAUGAAGAUGGUGGUGAAAUGGAUGUCACCCAGCGCCAACUGUCUGAUGUGGGUGUUCAUCCAUCGGAAUCUGUUGAGCAAACAGUGCAUAUGCAGCCCCAGAUCAGCAAUGGCGAGGAGGAAAUGGAAGCUGGCAUUGCACCCAUGGAUGCAUGUAUGAUACAACCAUUGGCAGAGAAAAAUGGUUGCUCUGAAGUUAGGGAUGAAAUGGAGGCUCCACAGAGUGAAGUUGAGACUGGCGUUGGUGAUCUUAACAGAGAUCAACCAGAGCUGCCAGCUUGGUACAGAAUUUUUGACCUCAACGUCGUUGAAACUCAACAGGGAUGUGAAAUGUCCAAGAUUUCUGGCGAUUCUCCUGCAGAUCAUGUUUAUGAUUCUGUGCCUGAUUUAGUUGGUCAGAUGAACCAACAAACAAACUGUGGUAGUUCAGGAAUUCAAGGUCAAGAUGAGCAUGAUCGCCUGUUGGAGGACAGGCAUAAUUUCAGCAAUCAUGAUCUGAACAAUGUGGCUGAUAAACAUGCACAGUAUGAUGCUUCAGAUAUUCAAGGUCAAUAUGAGCAGGCAGGGGAUAAUCACCUGUUAGAGGAUGGGCAUGAUUUGAACAAAUAUGAUCUGGAUAAUGAGGUUGAUGAACAUGCACAUGAUAAUCACCUGUUGAACAAUGAGAAUAUACUUCUAAAUCAUGGCAUCGCUGUGCGUGAUUUGGAUGAUUGCCAUCUGAGCAACGAGCAAAUGCUUCUACAGCAAAAUGCAGAUGAACAAGAACAUGAUAGUCACCAGACGGAGAACAAGCAAAUGCUUAUAAAUCAGGGCACUCCUGUGAAAGUUUUGGACAGCCACCAUGUGAACGAUGAACAGUUGCUGCUAAGUCAUGGUGCGGAUGAACGUCAAGAUGAUAAUCACCGGAUGGAGCCAGAGCCCACGCUUUUACUUAUGGGUGUGCAUGAUGUGGAUAGCCACGAUCUGAACAGUGAGCAAAUGCUUCUAAACAAUGGUGUAAACAAACAGGCAGCAGAUAGUUGCUAUUUGAAGAAUGAGCAAAUGCUUUUGGAUCAAGCUGCGGAUCAACAAGCCAGAGUUCACAGUAUGGGCAAUAGGCGAAUGAUUCCUGUAAUUAAUCUGGAAGAUGAUUAUGAAGAGCAGUCUGAUACCAGGGAGUUUAUAGAAUCCAAAAGUGACAUCUUAAAUAAAUAUAUGGAUAGUGUUCUCCAAGAACAUACGAGUUCUCAAGACCAGCAGACCUCAAGUUUUCCUGACAAAACUGACAUACAAGCAGCUUCUUCUUCAGCUGUUACACCAAUUUUGGAAAUAUGUGUACUGGAAAGGGUGCUGUGAAUGCAGAGGUUCACUUACCGACUAAUUCUAGGAGUUGACUUCUCAUCAGUGAGAUCUUCAUAUGCUCAUUGGGGAAUUAAUUCAUGUCCAAGCUCUGAAGCCAUUUGUUACAACUUGCAUUUUCUGAGUCUAUUCUCCAUUAGUUACAGUAUUCCCAAUGAUGAUGAUGCCCUGAAUUAUGCAGUAGUGGGACAGGGAUUUCUCUUCUCCCCUGAAUUAUUUACUGAACCUGUUCUUUCCUUGACUUGAGAAAGUUAUCAAUGUCUGGGACCUGGCAUCCUCUGAGCUCGGGAGAUCCUUAUGAGCCAUGUUGUUUGUGCACUCAGCUCCUACAUUCUGCGUCAGCUUACUGUUAUCCUGGACCAUGGGAAGCCUGCAUCAGACCGAUUGCUGUAGUUGAUUGGUCAUUUUUUGUGUAUGUUGUGCUGUAGUACUAUUUAUUUUUAGAUUCCUAGCCUAGAGGUCGCAUUCGCAUGCUGGUAUAGUGACACUUGGGACCCUGAAACGAGGUGGUAUCAAUACAGAUGCCACGCGGGCGUUGUGCCUAGUAGCUGAAUAGCUGGCAGUUUUUUCAAACUGGAAAUGGUAUGCGGGUUUUAGUCGUUUAGUAGCUAGUCUGUGAUGAAGCGCAGAAGGUUCACAUUGUCUGCUGAAUUAUUGUCGAGAGACGUCGGCUGAUUUCAGUUGUUGUUGUGACAAAUGAGGUGUACCUCCAGGGAAUGGAAGGCAGUGCAGUUGGAUACGGAAUCAGUAGUGCUGCUGUCUGGAUUGGACUGGAAGCGCUGCGCUGCUGUGAGUGGACCUGAUGGACUGGACGGUAUUUCUGACUGUCGGUCCACUGCAUGCCGAGAUGUGCUUGGUUUGUUUGACCCUGCAUUGCGCUUCUCCAGUGAGGAUCGAAUCGAAGAUCCCUCGGUAAGUGUUAUGCAAUGGCCCCAGUCCAAGGCAAGUGCGUAGGUGCAUGCAUGCAUUCGUGCGUACUGCUGAGGCCGGCCUGUGGGAACAUUCAUGCAAUGCAUGCAGGCGCCCAAGGAACGUACUGGACACCCCACAGCCCAUGUGGGUGCAUGUUGCACUGUUGUUGCAUCCAUCAUCGGCUCGUCCAUCCACCUUUUACUAGUAAAUUUCGCAAACCACAGUACCAUCGUCAAAACUAUCACAAAAUUCUUUUUUUCUUUCUAUUUUACAAAAACACAUUUACUUUACAUCACUUUAUCAUAAAAUUACACUUUUUUUAGUUUAACUCUCACAAAACUACAUUUUUCUUCUUCUAUUUUAUAAAACUACACUUAUUUUACAUCACUUUAUCACAAAAUAAUUAUGAUAUGACGUUACAUCGGUAUAUAGCUUCUAAGAGAAGAAGGUCAAAGGCCACGUAAAUCUGCUAACUUUGCAAGCAAUUGUGAUAUAACGUAGUCGGUCACGUCAGCAAACGGUGAGAACUGAAGCCUGUAAGUAUAAUGUGUUGGUCUAUCUUGUCAGAUU